CAUGCCGGUCACAAGUGCAACUGGAUGCUGUCGUUGAAUAGGCACUGGCCCGUCCAUGCUCCAGAGCUCAAAGAGUUUUACAAGUUAAGCCAGUAGCAACCAGAACCUUCACUUCAAAUCAGAGAACCAACAUGCUAUUCGAAGACGAAGUGGGUGAAACCCCAGGCGGUGAAUCGUAUGCAACUGUGGUGAACAGUCGCUUGUCUGAACUGCUGAAAAGGGACCGGAUUGUGGCUCUUCUCACAAACCCGGAUGAGGUUGAAUUGAUCGAGCAGAUUGAAUGCAUCAACUACAAACCAUCAAUCUCUGGAACAGGAGGAUUUGUCUUUUUUGUGCACGGAGAUCGAAAGACCUACAAAAUUCUUGACACCGAUAGGCUUGCUCUAUGGGAAGACACUGCGGCAACAAAGGAUGUGCGGAUGUCAGAAGAGACUCGGCUUCGAUUCGAUCAAAACAAUCAUCUUCAAGUAUCCAAGGCGAAGCUAGCUUUGGAUCACAAUGGUUUUACAUUGUACGAGAACACUGCUACUUUGGCCCGCUGUAGACGGCAUAACAAAAAAGUCGUUUACGUGCUACGAAAUGGUCACCAAUAUGGACAUGGCUUGAUCAUGUAUCAGUACGUAAAACCAGGAGCACAUCCAGAUCCACUUCAUCAAACUGUGCAACUGAUGACAGAUGCGUGGUUUGAUAUACUGCCACCAGACAUCCGAAUGGUCGUUUACUAUUUGUUAAAAUACAACCAUGCCGAUGAGACAGCGAGGAUUGUUCAUCGCGAACAUAGCGUGUAUCUGAGCCGAAUGAAAGCUGGUCGACCUCCACCGCCGUCAACGUCCGCGUGUACAAGCUGAGAAGAGAGCAGCUGUCAAUGAACUCACUGGUGCAGACGGAUCGAGACCAUCCAUAUCAGCAGCUGUGGAAGUGACUGGGCAACCAAUGACGAGAAAAAGCCGUCCUCUAGAGAAAGAAGUUGCGACUGCUUCUGGAAUCGUUUGUGGUUCACAUCAAAUGGAGACUAUUUUGCAGUUUGCACAAAAACAGUUUGGAGUGAUUUGCAUCGAGCAAGCAUUUGACAAUUUGGUUCGGGAAAUGGCCGGGGUGAAUGAGAAUCGACUUCUUCAAAUAAUCUAUGAAACAGAUGUUGAUGUAGAAAAAGAGCACGUUGAGCUGGAUCAAGAUAAUGUGGAACACGAGAAACCGGGUGGUCAUGAGGAGCUCAUGGAUCACAAAGCACUCGUGGAUUGUGAAUAAGAAGCUUAAAGAUCAUAUUAUUAAUUUCAAUCUAAAUGUAUGUAAAAUAAUCAAUAUCUUCGCUCAUUACAUUUUAAGUAAAAAGGCACUCUAUACUCUUCUCU